GUAGGGUAGAAAGAGGACGCGGCACUACAUAGAGAAAAAUAACCACCAGAGCAUAGAUAAUAGUAAAAUGAAGUAAAAAUAAUUAGAAAGCGGCAAGUUUUGAGUAUGUAUUACCUGUGUUUUUAAUAUAAUUUAUUUCAUUGUAAGUUUAUACACUUUAAUUUUUAACAAUGGUUGUGUUUGACAACGGCUUGCAUGUGACCUGGGCUGGGGAAGCCUGCUCCAGCCCCCCCUGACAGCUCAGUAAAUGGGAGCACCUGGCCCUCUCAGCCUCAUAGAGCCCCUUACCCACCUUUUUCUUGGGACAACUCAUCCCCGCUGUCUCCUGGCAGGGAGAUUGACUCUUGGUCUCAUCUCUGUAUCCCUGAAGUAACAUCAGUACCUGGAAGCCGCCUAGAAGAUGACCCUGAUUUAGUUAUCCGACUCAAUAUGCCUAAGAAUGACCCAGGAGCUCAUUCAAAUGCACUUCCUGGUGAUUCGGAUUCUGAGGAUUGAAAGUCACUAUGGAGAUAGCACAUCUAACCAACACUCUGAGUAGAUCCAAUGCAGGCGGCUACAGCCCACAGUCUAGAUGCCACGUUCAGAGCAGCUUCCCUGCAGAGCCCGGUGUGCCAGCUCCCUAAGGAUCCCAGGAGUCAGGCCUGGAGAUUAGCUUAAGGUCCCUUCAAGGGGCAAAGGGAGGUCACCAGAAGCCACAGAAGGACUCAGCCAGGACUAGGGGUGGGGGAGUGGUGGAGGGAGGAGGGUCCUGGGAUAUUGGAUCCUCGACCUUUGUCAUUUGAGAUGUGUUCGUGCAUAUGUGGGCUUAUGUGUGAUAAUUGAACUGGAACCCAGUUGCCUGGAAGCCUUUAUUAGUUUUCCAAGAUUUAUAAUCAGCAGUAAUUAAAGGACAGAUAGCUACCAUUUAUUCAGUAUCUGCUAAGGGUUAGGGCUUUACAUAUAUUAUCGGUCAUUCUCUCUGCAACACCGAGAGGUCCCAGAAUCCUCUCUGUUUUACAUAUGAGGAAACUUGAGGCACCUGGCUGGUUUAAGUGACUCUCCCAGGAUCAUGUCUGAUGAAUAGCAGAAGCCAAGUUGAGCCCAAGAUGGUGGGCCUUUAAGUAGUUGUAUGUAUUUGAGAGCAGGGCUUUUCAAACAGCAGAUUGCAAUCCACCCAUGAGUCUCAUCCAGCAAUAUUUUUUUAACUUUCCUUAAGAUAAUUUUCAAAAAUAUGUAAAAAUAGCAUAGCCACCAGCAUUUUUAAAAAAUGAAGUAUAAUCAAAUAGAUUAUCACUUGAUUAUCACAUGAUAAGGGUUAAUAUUCAUGAAAUUUUUGUGUCUGUGAACUACACUUUUAUGUGGGGGGUGUGCCAGAUCACAGUGUAAAAUACAUUUUUUUCCCGUGGAUCAUGGUGACAAAGGUUUGCAAACCUCAUGGUAGAGAGUCUUUUAAUGGAUGAGAAAUUGGCUCAGUCAUCUCUAAAAUUCUGGCAGUUUCUAUGUGGAAAUUUUAAAAUAAAAUCAGUUCAGCUAUGAAGAAAUCCAUCAUGUGGGUCACCGCUGCUCCGCUAUUUAUGAAUGUUUGUGAAAUUAUCGUUGAGCGUUUUAUUUGAGUCAACACGAUUCAGGUUGCUGCUCAGAAAACAUAGUCAUCUUCUGACAUCUUUGAAGACACAGAGCAACCUUCUAUCACCAAGUGGUUCAGACAAGGCCGGACUCCCCUCCCUGAAAAUGACCGGGGCAUGUUCUCUGCCCAAGGAGACUCUCCAACAGCAGCUGCACCUUCUCCUGAGAAUGAGGAAAGAGGAGGCCGCUUAGCCCCAGCGCCCGCGUGCACAGUGUGUGUGUCUGAGACCACCUGCAUCAGAAUGACCCAGUUGCUUGUGAGAAACCGCAUUCCAGGCCCUGCCCUCAGCCUGCUGAGUAGUCUCUGGAGAGGGGUCUGGGAAUCUGGGCGUUUACAUGAGUUCUCAGGUGAUCCUGAAGCUUCUCAAAGCUGGAGAGGCACUCACUAUCAGUGGUCUUGGUGUGGAACAUGGGAUCCCAAGCCAAGUUUAGGGCUCUUAGCCCAGGGGCAGCCCUCCUAAGAUUUCUGGAAAGAAACUUUAUAUGUAAAAUAGGUAAGUUGGCCCAAUCCGCUAGUACCCCUGAAGCAUACUAGCAACUCUAACACACAUGGAAGCUGUAUAUGUUUAAUUACUUCAUUUUGAACUGUUUCUAUUUUAUUUUGAGAAUACUGGAGAUUGACAAAAACAAACCCAUGUGCCUAAAGCCUUCUGGGGCUCUACUAUGAACCACAUUUGGCGAAACAAGCCAGGCUUGACAGCGACUGUCCACACCACCAGUGCUCGCCUGGGUGGCCAGCGAUUUUAUGCCGGACGUCAGCACACCAGCUCUCCUGGUACAUCUGGUACUUCAGCGUAUUAGCCACGCUUUCCUUCUCCUCCUUGCCAAGUAAACUGACUCUUCCUCUGACAGCCACCUGCUUAUCCCCGAAUGACGAAAGCUCAGCAUUAUGAGGCUUCAUGGGACAGCUUUUGUCUGAUGACCAUGGAUGUUUUCCUUGCCCCUCACUCCAGCAUGGAGCCUCUGACCAAGUCAGGAUGACAGGACAUUUUUCAUGACAGGGCAAAAACCAAGGUUUUCUGACUCUACACAGACCAGGUAUUUUAUAGCAUCGAGCUAGAUGCUGUUCCAAUAUCCAGGUCACAACGGGCUGGUGGCUGCCGCCUACCUGCAGAGACUGGGGGUGAACACAGCCGUCUUGGAGAGACGCCAUGUGAUCGGGGGUGCAGCUGUCACUGAGGAGAUCAUCCCAGGGUUUAAGUUUUCCCGAGCAUCCUACCUUCUCAGCCUGCUGAGGCCACAGAUUUACACCGACCUGGAGCUGAAGAAACAUGGGCUGAGGCUUCAUCUUCGAAACCCCUACUCCUUCACCCCCAUGCUGGAAGAAGGCACAGGGAACAAGGUGCCCAGGUCCCUUCUCUUAGGCACAAACAUGGCGGAAAACCAGAAGCAGAUCGCCCAGUUCUCACGGAAGGAUGCUCAGGCCUUUCCCAAAUAUGAGGCCUUCAUGAAUCGCUUGGCAUUAGCCAUUAACCCUCUACUGGACGCAGCCCCUGUGGACAUGGAAGCCUUAAGGCAGGGCUCCCUGCUACAAAGGCUCAAGUCGCUCUCCACCCUCACACCCCUGCUACAGGCAGGUCGCAUCCUGGGAGUCCGGCUGCCCCAGUAUUACCAGGUUCUCACAGCUCCAAUAACCAAGGUGCUGGAUCAGUGGUUUGAGUCCGAACCUCUAAAAGCCACUUUAGCAACAGAUGCUGUGAUUGGAGCCAUGAUAAGUCCCCACACUCCAGGGAGCGGGUACGUGCUGCUACAUCACGUGAUGGGGGGCCUGGAGGGAAUGCAGGGGGCCUGGGGCUACGUCCAGGGUGGCAUGGGUGCCCUCUCUGAUGCCAUCGCAAGCUCAGCCACUGCGCAUGGAGCAAGUAUCUUCACCGAAAAGACAGUGGCUAAGGUACAGGUGAGCAGUGGAGGACGGGUUCAAGGAGUCGUGCUGCAAGAUGGCACAGAGGUGAGGAGCAAAGUGGUGCUGUCCAACGCGUCACCGCAGAUCACCUUCCUGACGCUGACACCACAGAAGUGGCUUCCUAAAGAGUUCACGGAGAGGAUCUCUCAGCUGGACACUCGGUCACCCGUCACCAAGAUCAACGUGGCUGUUGACAGGCUUCCUGACUUCCUGGCAGCCCCCAGUGCUAUCGAAGGCCAGCCGCUGCCCCAACACCACUGUUCCAUUCACCUGAACUGUGAAGACACCGACCUCCUCCAUCAGGCUUUUGAAGAUGCCAUGGACGGCCGGCCUUCCCACAGGCCUAUGAUUGAGCUCUGCAUCCCUUCCUCGCUGGACCCCACCCUGGCUCCUCCCGGCUGUCACGUGGUCUCCCUCUUCACUCAGUAUACUCCCUACACACUGGCUAGAGGCAAGGUCUGGGACGAUCAGGAGAGAAACACUUAUGCAGACAAAGUGUUCGAUUGCAUCGAGGCCUAUGCCCCUGGCUUCAAGGGCUCCGUGGUGGGCAGGGACAUUCUCGUACCACCGGAUUUGGAGAGAAUCUUUGGGCUUCCUGGAGGGAACAUAUUCCAUUGUGCCAUGGCCCUGGACCAGCUCUACUUCGCCCGCCCUGUGCCCCUGCACUCCAGCUACCGCUGCCCUCUCCGGGGCCUGUAUCUCUGCGGAAGUGGGGCCCAUCCUGGAGGAGGUGUCAUGGGAGCCGCUGGACGCAAUGCAGCCCACGUGGUCUUCGGGGACCUCAAGAGCAUGUGACCCUGAACCAACUCUGACCCAGGAAGAGGAAUCCACCCUUGAGCUUUUAAGGCCCCAUUGGAUCAUCUUCCCAGGCUAUGACUUGAGGCAGACCAGUCCUCAAGACUGAAGCGACUAUUUUAGAAUAAAUGGACAAGUUGACCUUGUACCCAUGACUUAAUGAAUGAACUGGUUUUGUUUUAUUAAAAACAAUGUUUUAUACAGAG